CAUUGCAUGGGAAGGAUCACAUUACCUAUCGAUAAGUUAGCGAAAUUUAAAGAUCAACUAAGAUGCAAUAAUGAAAUUUUAUUGGAAUUAUAAUUAGACCUAGAGAUACAAAGAGAUAGAAACACAUUUAUAUUAAAAGUAUAUUUUAUGGUAGCACAUGUUUUGCAACAGUUGAUUUGAUAUCUGACAGUUUCCACAACACGUUUCCUAACCUAUCAUAUACAGUAGAGUGUGGAACAAAAAUAUUUGUCUUUGUCAAAGUUUUAAAGUAUAACAUGCAUGGGAUUUGUCUCGUAUGUUUUAGAGCAAAAUGACAUAAUAAAACUUUAUGGUAUACUAUGCAAAUACAGUAGUAUAUCAAGCACCAAGACAAAAAUCAUUUAAUAUCAUAUCAAGUUAGAAGAGUAAUAAACAUGAGCAUAGGAAACAAAGUAGCCCAGAGAUUGCUCUUAUCAUAUUGCUCUUUCACUUGCAUUUAUUUCCCUGGCAUUCUGAUAUUACUCAAGUUGAACGAUAACUUGUACAAUGUGGGCAAGUACAAGUUUAUUCCAGUAUUAUUGAUACUUCUGUUUGCAGAAGUUAUGAAACUUCUUUUUCCCAUGUUUCACAAUGAAUCGGCUAUAAUAGGUAAAAGUGACUUAAGGACAUCUUCAAAAUCUAGGAGAUCUUGGUCUAGACAUUUGAGGGAAAUCUUUAAAUUUUUAUUAGUUGCAUUCCUUUUGUCUGUUGUGUUUUAUAUUAUAAUUAUACUGUUUGGUGCACCCGUAUUCAUGCAUCAUGAGGAAACUACUAUGCUCACAGUUACACUGACUACUCUUACAUUUGUUCCUGCUAGUCUUCAUUUAGGAGUAGAUGGUGCAUUAGAAAUCAUAACAGGAGUACAGUCUCAAAAGGAAAAUGUUUUGGUGAAUGCUAUGAAGACCAACAUACAAGCAACCUUUCUGGGCACUUGGUUAGGUGCUAUUGUAAUUCCAUUAGAUUGGGACCGUCCAUGGCAAGCUUGGCCAAUCCCCUGUGUAAUGGGGGCUUUACUUGGCUAUAUGAUUGCACAUUUUAUUACUCUUGUAAAGACUAUGUUACCUCUAUUAAGAUUAGGCAAGAAAAUUCAUAGAUGAAUAAUUCUAAAUUAUCUAAAUAGUAUGGUAAAUAUAAUAGUUUGUACAAGAACAAGUGCAUUUAGAUAUUAAAAUACCAUUCAAGUAAUCAAUCUUUUGUUUUGGAAUACUAAAUUUAGAAAUAAUAAAAAGAUGAGAACAAAAUGGUUAUGAAA